GGGGCGGGGAGGGCGCGGCCGCCUCGGCAGCGGGAGGCGCCGGAUCGGGGCCGGGAGCGGGGCCGGGACCCGCGCAGGAAGCUCCAGGACCCAGAACUCACCUGCUCCCUGGUACAGGGCAUUGUGGGAAGGGCUUGGAGGACCCUGCAGCACCUGGCUGAGGGGAUCAGGGCCUCCCUGCCCCACCCCUUGUCCUUCCAGCUCCCUCCUGAUGAGCAGGAUGCGGUACCACAAGUGCCUGACGGUGGCACUGGCCCUGGCCACACUCCUCUGCCUGGAUGCCUACAUCCGCUGGAGCCCGCUGGGGGAGCCCGAUCCUGUCCCCCUGCCGCUUGCCACCACCCCUGCACCCCCUACCACCCCGGCGCCCCCACUGCCCCUGCACCACAGCCUGCAGAUCCUGGCCAACAUGGUGCCCCGGGCAGAUGCCUACUGGAACCGGCAGCUGCACCAGCGCCUGGAGGAGUUGGGAGGUGGCAACGGCACCAGCGCCAGCGCUGGCACAGCGGCGUCCCUGGGUGUCCCCGACUGGGCGGCUUACCCAGAGCCCCUGCAACGCUUCGUGAGCCAUGGCGCCCGUCGCCACUACCCGCUGCUCCUGGAGCCGUCGCGGCCGUGUCCCCCGGACGGCCCCUUCCUGCUGCUGGCCAUCAAGUCGGCGCCGGGCGCCUUCGCCGAGCGCCAGGCUGUGCGGCAGAGCUGGGGGCAAGCGGGCGCUGGAGUCCGCACCGUGUUCCUGCUGGGGGCACCUGACGGGGACGGGGACACCCCGGACAUCUCGGGGCUGGUGGCCUGGGAGAGCCGGGCCCACGGCGACGUCCUGGCCUGGGGUUUCCAAGAUGCCUUCUUCAACCUGACACUCAAGGGGCUGCUCUUCCUGGGCUGGGCCGGCGCCCACUGCCCCGGCGCCCGCUUCGUGCUGCUGGGCGACGACGACGUCUUCGUCAACACGCCGCGCCUGCUGCAGCUGCUGGCGGGGCUGGGCCCGGGGCCCGUGUACGCCGGGCACGUGAUGGCUGGGGCCUGGCCCGUGCGGGCGCCGGGCAGCAAGUACUAUGUGCCCGAGAGCUUCUACGCCGGGCCCUACCCAGCCUACGCAGGCGGCGGGGGCUACGUCUUCUCCGGGGCGCUGCUGGGGCCGCUGCAGGUGCUGGCCGGGUUGCUGCCGCCCUUCCCCAUCGAUGACGUCUUCGCCGGGCUCUGCUUCCGGGCGCUGGGGGUGGCUGCCCGGCCCCACCCUGGCUUCCGCACCUUCGACAUCGCGCCCAGCGACCGCGCCAGCCCCUGUGCCCACCGUGCCCUGCUGCUCGUGCACCGGCGCCAGCCCCCCGAGACGCUGCGGCUGUGGAGGCAGGUCCGCGACCCGCAGCUGCAGUGCUAGGAUGGUGGGGGGGGGGCUGUGUGUGUGUGUGGGGGGGUGCAGCCUU